GCAGUUUAGGGCACAGGGGUCUUAGACCCAGCGGUUUGUGCAAGCCGGGUUCGAGCACACUGGGCCAGAGCACACUGAAGUCACGCCCCUCCCCCGCCCAGACCACGCCCAAGCCCCCACCAAACUCCUCCCCGAGGCCCCCUUGGGCUCUAUUUCCUCCCCUGUGGGUGGAGGCUCAGUGGCGAGCACAAUCCCUCGGUCCAGAGCCGUCAGCCGCGUGUCUACGGCAUCUUCGGGUUUGCUGAUUUCCACCCUGCCUGGGCCUCCACACAUCCGCUUGCACCCCAGGUAAGCAAGUGCCCCUCUCCGGGGGCGUCGGCCUAGAAGCAACCCUCGCAGCGACCUCCAGUCUCGCCUCCCAGGCCAAGACCAGCCGGACUCGGCCCCAAGCAUGUUGUUCAGCUUCAAUGAGUGGCUGUGGCAGGAGAAGUACUGGUUACCACCCAACAGCACAUGGGCACAGCUGGAGGACCGAGAUGGCCUGGUGUUCGCCCACCCUCACCACAUGCUUGCUGCCUUGCCAGUGGCUUUGGUCCUGGUGGCUGUGCGUAUCGUCUUUGAGAGAUUUGUGGCCUUGCCCCUGAGCCGGUGGAUGGGUGUGCGGGAUGAAAUCAGGAGGCAGAUGAAGCCCAACCCAGUGCUGGAGAAAUACUUCCUCAGGAUGGGGCAGAGACCCGUGGAGACCCAGAUGGUCCUCCUGGCUGCCCAAUGUGGUCUCACACUACGGCAGACUCAACGCUGGUUCAGGAGACGUCGGAACCUGGAACGUCCUUACCUGUCCAAGAAAUUCUGUGAAGCUAGCUGGCGGUUUGUCUUCUAUCUGUGUUCCUUCGUGGGUGGCAUCUCUGUCCUCUACCAUGAGCCAUGGUUGUGGACACUGGCGUUGUGCUGGGAAAAUUACCCACAGCAGACCCUGAAUCUGGCCCUGUACUGGUGGUAUCUUCUGGAGCUGGGCUUCUACAUUUCACUGCUAAUCACUCUGCCCUUUGACAUUAAACGCAAGGACUUCAAGGAGCAGGUGCUGCACCACUUUGUGACCGUGGGGCUGAUAGCUUUCUCCUACAGCUCCAACUUGCUGCGCAUUGGCUCUGUGGUGCUGCUGCUGCAUGAUUGCUCCGACUACCUGCUGGAGGCUUGUAAGAUGUUCAACUAUUCCCACUUUCGGCGAGUGUGCAACGCUCUCUUCAUCAUCUUCUCCCUGGUCUUCUUCUACACUCGCCUCAUAUUCUUCCCCACCCGGGUCCUCUACUCCACUCUGUUUGACUCCAUCAAGAACAGGAGUCCCUUCUUCGGCUACUAUUACUUUAAUGUGCUCCUGGUGAUGCUGCAGAUCCUUCAUGUGUACUGGUUCUGUCUUAUCCUGCGCAUGAUCUUCAAUUUCCUGUGGAAGGGUCAGAUGGCAAAGGACAUUCGUAGUGAUGCAGAAGAAUCAGACUCCAGUGAUGACGGGGCAGUUCCUGAAAGUCCUCAACUGAAGAACGGGGUGACUCGAGGGUCUGGCCCAGCCGUUGCCAAUGGCCCACGGAGCCGGGCAGCUGGGCGUCUGGCCAAUGGGCACACCCAGUCCACAUAGACAACCUAGGACUGACAUUGAGGGUUGCCCUCUAGCAAUGUGGGUGGAUAUCCAGAUGCUGGGCUGGUGACCCUGGGAGACAGGGAGGUCCUCCCCAAGGUAGGAAGAGGACCGAUGAUCUGUUUCCAGCACUUCCCUUUUUAUCUCGUUUCCCUUUAUCCCUUUGAGCAACUGGACAGAGCCUGGGGGAGCAGUGGACUCUGCGUUUGGUCAGAGCCACCCUCAGGCUGUGUAGCCUGGGGGCUGUGGGGAGCCUUGGCUCAUAGGACCAAUAAAACUUCAACAGAGAU